AGACAUUUACCUUUUCUUUCGUACUGCACAGUAGUUCGGAGCAGAGGACGAUUGAGAGCUGGGGCUGACCUCUCUGCCUUCAUUCAAAGCCCUCGGAACUCAAGCACCCGAAGGAGGCCCUCAUUCAGACAGUGUCAACGACCACGAGAAUCUUACGUGAAGCGGAGUAGUACAGCUAGGGGAUAUAUAUAUCAAGUUUCGUACCGAGCAAAGCCUACAGUGCCGACUUACCGUUGAAAGCGAUGGCCGUCGAUCUGAAGGACCUCGUGAAUGAGGUCGUCGAGGCGAACUCUGAGGACCUGUACGAACUGAGUCGCUUCGUCUGGGGGCAUCCCGAACUCGCCCUGAAGGAAGUGCAAUGUCACGACUGGCUCACGGACUUCUUGGAACGGCGUGGCUUCGAGGUGACGCGUAAUUACCUGCUGGACACUGCGUUCAAGGCGGAAUUCCACGCACCCGGCGGUGCAGAAGGACCCUGUAUAGCCCUGCUGUGUGAGUUCGACGCAUUGCCCGACAUAGGCCACGCCUGCGGGCACAACCUGAUCGCCGAGGCCUCGGUGGGCGCAGCUCUGGCCGUGCAAGAGGCUAUGAAAAGCAACAGCGACAUGCGUGGCAAGCUUGUCGUCCUCGGCACACCGGCGGAAGAGAGUCGCUGCGGUAAGGAGCAGCUGAUUCGAAUGGGAGCCCUGAAUGGAAUCGACGCUACGCUCAUGGCUCACCCAUCGCCAGUGGACAUCCUGGCGGCUGCCUUUGUGGCGUUACAUCAGAUUGUAGUUCGCUUCAAAGGAAAAGCAGCUCACGCAGGAGGGUCACCGUGGGAAGGAAUUAACGCCCUGGACGCCGCCGUCGCCUCGUACGUCAACAUCGGGCUCCUUCGGCAGCAGCUGAGGCCAACCGCCAGGGUGCACGGAGUCAUCACUGAUGGCGGCAAGUACCCCAACGUGAUUCCCGAGGCGUCGGAGGCGAUCUACUUCGUCCGGGCUCCGAGCACCGAAGAGCUGGCCGAGGUCAAGCGAAAGGUCAAAGCCUGCUUUCACGCGGCAGCCGAAGCCACGGGCUGCACGGUGGAAAUCGAGGAGCAGAGCUUGCCGUACAUGCACAUGAUACACAACGACGCCAUGGCGAGGACGUACCGGAAGCACGCCAACGCUCUCGGCGUUACCUUCGUGGACGACGUCGUGGAGAACAUGCCGCCGUCGGGAGCAGGCACGGACUGCGGCAACGUGUCCCACCGUGUACCCACCAUCCACCCGGUGUUCGGCAUCGGCAGCGCCCGGGGUCCGGCCAAUCACACGCGAGGGUUCGCCGACGUCGCCAACGCCGCCGACUCGCAGCCGCCCACUUUGCGAGCUGCUAAAGUUCUGGCACUGACCGCGCUUGACCUGCUCACGGACUCGGAGUUGAUGGGCGAAGUGAAGCGGGAAUUCGCGGCUCUCCAGCUGCCACCGGAAGAAGAAAUGCGAGCGAUGUUAUCCUAGAACGAUAACGAAUGAAUGCAUUGGUGAGCUACAAUACCAUAAAG